AUGAAGGCGAUUACUGGAGCUUUACUUUCAUCAAAAGAAGCUUUGAGAGUGAAGCUUUUUGAGGUAGUUCAAACAACAAACAAGAAGCGUAAAACAAGAGAAGAAGCCUACGCAUCACAGCUGCUUCGAAGCCGAGGCAAGAUGCGCAGUCCGACAUCAAGCAUGACACAGUACAUGCCACUAGGCAAGAUAAUACCACCAACUUCCAACAUAGUUGAGCGGCUGUUUUCAAAGUACAAGCCAGUCCAGACACCGCAGCACCGCAGCACCGCUCCAAAUAUCCUACCAACUUCAUGCAGCUAG